AAUCCGCUUAAAGAGUCUAAAUUCGACAUCAAAUAUCCAAGCAGUUGCUCAGCAAAUUGUAGCAAAAUGUAACCUUAUCCAUCCUUCAAAGAUUCCUGAAGUAGAACAGUUACUUUAUUAUCUGCAGAAGAGGAAAGAUACUGGGACAAACAGCGUUAAGACAAGUAAGUUCCGAGAGAUUUCAGGCACAGCUUCAUUCAUGCACCAAACUUAUUGACAAAUUAUUGACCAAGAUUGAUUCCCAGGCUGCAAAACGAACUCAAUUUUUCAAAUUUAUAAGGAUAUUAGAAUAGCCAUCUUUGGAGUUUUAUUUACUAUAGUAUUCUUGUGUAAACACCUUCCAACCUUGUAGCACUUUUUGCAAGCUGUUCUCUUUGCUAAUAUUGCCACUUUUGCAUUAUUUUGUAAAAAAAUUAAAUGAUGAAAAAGUUGUGUAUAGCCUUGUAUAAAAGUAUUAUAUUCAUUUUCAGGUCAGUCAUCUAGUUUGCAAGACCAGUUAGAUUCUGCUGGAUUUGAAGGACUCAAUGUAAGAAUUGUUUGUUGGGUAUUGCUAACUAUAUAGUAUCUGCUGCCUUUUACUCAUCAAAACAAACUAGAAUAAAUUGUGCCCUGCAGUCUUUGACUCACAACAACAAGAUACAUUUAAUUUACAGCCAGAUGAAGUUGCUAAUCUCAACAAUCUGGAUGAAUAUAUUGAAUCUCUGUAUGAAGAUAUUCCUGAGAAAGUGAGAGGAACGGCAUUUAUAUUGCAGCUUGCUAGGAACCCUGAUAACAUGGAAGAAAUUGUUCAGAAUGGUAUGCUUUGAAUGUCCUUAAGGCCCGUUUACACUUACAAUUUUUGCAGCGAUUUUCUCCUUCUGAUGCAUGUGAACGUGUAGAUGAGUUACAAAUGUUCAGAGUAUAUGUAUACCCUCAUCCAUAGCUAUGCCUCAUCUGAACAUUUAUAACUUAUCCACUUGUUCACAUUCAUCAGAAGAAGAAAAUUGCACCGAAAAUCGCAGCAAAAAUUGAAAGUGUAAACGACCCUUCUUACUGUUCUAUAUGUGUAUUGUACUAGUCACUUUGCUGAGGCAUGCUUUCUUCCACUGCUGAGGCAUGCUUUCUUCCACUGCUGAGGCAUACUUUCUUCCACUGCUGAGGCAUACUUUCUUCCACUGCUGAGGCAUACUUUCUUCCACUGCUGAGGCAUACUUUCUUCCACUGCUGAGGCAUACUUUCUUCCACUGCUGAGGCAUACUUUCUUCCACUGCUGAGGCAUACUUUCUUCCACUGCUGAGGCAUGCUUUCUUCCACUGCUAAGUCAUACUUUCUUCCACUGCUGAGGCAUACUUUCUUCCACUGCUGAGGCAUACUUUCUUCCACUGCUGAGGCAUACUUUCUUCCACUGCUGAGGCAUACUUUCUUCCACUGCUGAGGCAUGCUUUCUUCCACUGCUAAGUCAACUGUACAUGUGGUGGGGGCUUCGGUGGCGCUGUCGUCGGAACAAGCGCCUUCCACCUCUGAGUUCGUGGGUUUGAUUCUUGCUACCGACUCAUGUGAAAAGAGUAAAAGUCAACGCUCUGCCGAAAGUCGUGGGUUUUCUCCGGGUGCUCUGGUUUCCUCUCACAGGGAAAGUUGACAGGGUGGGUGGGUUAGGAUAAACACAGUUAAGAAAGUAAUAUCACAAUUGUUGUAAAAGAUAAAUAAUCUAGGCUAAGUAUGCUAAUCGUAAUCGUUUGUUGACAAUGACAGUGAAAUGGAGUCUUUUUAUAUUUCUCAUGCUUUAUUAUAACAAUGCUGUAAAAACACAGACUAUUUUUGUGACCACAAUGGGUGAUUCCAGCUAUGGACCAUCACCAUCAGCUAGAAAGAGCAUGAAAUCCAUCACCACAGCUAGAAAGAGCAUGAAAUCCAUCACCACAGCUAGAAAGAGCAUGAAAUCCAUCACCACAGCUAGAAAGAGCAUCUUAAAAUGAGUAAAAUUGCAAUGUUUGGUUGCGAAAUGUUGUAAAAUGAAGAAAAUAUAGCCCUGUGAAGUUCGCAAAUUUUGUAUAUAUUUGUAUUACGCGCGGUAAAAAUAAGCACUUUCCGCUCAAAAAUGGUUAUUUUUCCCGCGCGUAAUGCAAAUAUAUACGAUCAUAGCUGGAAUCACCCAUUAGGCAUAUUUCAUCAGAUUCUUUAUCUGUUUUCCCUCCAGAAACCGUGCUUGGUGCCCUGGCCAGAGUGCUACGUGAGGACUCGAAGAAAAGCACGGAACUCGCAACAAAUAUUGUCUACACGUUCUUCUGUUUCUCGUCGUUCUCUGAUUUCCACGGCAUCAUCUCGCAUCACAAGAUUGGCGCGAUGUGCAUGCAGAUUUUAGAUCAUGAAAUCAGACGAUAUGACACUUGGCAGGAGGAACUUGAGCAGAAGAACAAGGCUGAUAUCCUUUUCAUGUUUUGAAUGGCGGCAAAAGUUUGCAGAAUAAAUGAUGCAAUGAUGUUUCCAGUACUGGGGCCUGUUAUUUAAAGGUGGAUUAGCGCUAACCCUGACCUGGAGCCGGUUGUUCAAAGGUGGGUUAGCGCUAACCCUGGGUUAAGAUUUAACCUGCUGUUUUAGUUUGUGUAUUUCUGCACGUCUGUUUAUUUCAAAACGUCAGAGAAGAAAACUCCUAUCGAUCCAGACUAGAUCUCUGAAGAAAUAUUUCCAAAUUUAUAGACAAGCUGUCGGGAAGUUUGCUUUGAAUUUUAGCUUAACCUAGGGUUAAGCUAACCCAGCUUUGAACAACUGGCCUCAGGGGUUAAAAUUUAACCUGCUGUUUUAGUUUGGGUACAUUUGCACUUCUGUUUAUCUCAAAACUUUGGAAAAUAAAUCUUCUAUUGAUCCAGACAUGAAUUUUAGAGAACUAUCUUCAUGUUUCCAAACAAGGCUGUUGGGAAGAUUGUUUUGAAAUUUUCGUUACCCUACCCCCUUGAAGAUAUUCCGUAUUUGAGUUGUGAAUAUACUACAUAUUAUAUUGAAACAAUCGAUUUUCGAGUACGCGAAAGUAUUCAAGCACCAAUACGGCGGGUCACCAUAUAACCUAAGCGCUUUUCUUAAUUUUUGCCCAAAAAUACAAGAACUGUGAGGACAAAUUUAAGGAAUGAACGUAGUGCUCAGAAUCCAGGAAAUGGCAUUUCAGGGCUUCAAAUUUCAAAAAUUUUCUGCGGGACAAAGCUCCCGUAGCCCCGUAGUAAUGCACCCCCCUCUGGAAAACCUCCACCCCCUCUAACAAAUCAGGCCAGAUCCGGCCCUGAUUUGGGUUAGGCGUACAUUUUCCUUAACCAUUUCUUACCUGAAACUAACACAAGUUUACAGAAAGACUACGAGAAAAGUUACAAGAAGUUCGUCAAUUUGUCUAAAAAACAAGACCAACUUCUACGAGGUACAUUAUUUUAUUACACAUGUAGAUGUUUGUAAUUGUUGGCAGUCAAUUCAUUCAGUUCCAUCAAGCUAGACGCCCCAAACCUUGAACACCCACCCAUUCCAAGUAACAUACCCACCCAUACCCGCAAACGUCACUCGGCAACAAGGGACAGUGCUGCAAUCAUCAGGGCUCAAAAUAACGGCCGGUCAACGGACAAUGACCGGCAGUCAAAAUGACCGGUCACUUUUUUACCUCACUGGUCUUUUUGACCGAUCACAUUUCCAUGCCUUCCAAUGUGAUUGCCGACGUCUUGAAUUAAAACAUGAAACUAUGAUGUAUCGAAACAAGUUUCUAAUAGUUUGUUUCACUGUUAGUGUAAGCGUAUCAAUGACCCAGUCAAAACAGAUUUUGACUGAGCUAAAAUCAAGUUGACCGGUCAUUUUGACUAGAGACCUAUCUUCCGUUAUUUUGAGCCCUGUGCGAUAAUCCCAUUAUUCUCUGAAUGUUUCUAGUGACGGUCUAUUUGCUGCUCAAUUUAUCGGAGGACACCAAAGUCGAAGCGAAGAUGAUUAAUAAAAAGAUUGUCUAUCUUCUGAUGAAAAUAUUGAAUCGUGAUAACUCAGACUUACUUAUUCUCGUCGUUUCCUUCUUGAAAAAACUCAGUAUUUUUGUUGAAAACAAGAAUGAAAUGGUAAUUAGAAAAGUAUGACUGGUGUGAACGGUGGUUUACCACACGCAAACUUUGUACUUAGUAAACAAUGAAGGCUGUUGGUAUUGCUUUGUAGUGGAUACUACCAUCACUGUAAUUACCACCAAUUACCAUCAUCACCACCAUCAUUAUCACCACCACCACCAUCAUCACUAUCACCACCAUCAUUAUCACCACCAUCAUCAUCAUCACCACCAUCAUCAUCACCAUCAUCAUUAUCACCACCAUCAUUAUCAUCAUCAUCAUCAUCAUCACUAUCACCACCAUCAUUAUCACCACCACCAUCAUCAUCACCAUCAUCAUCAUCAUUAUCAUCAUCAUCACUAUUACCACCAUCAUUAUCAUCAUCAUCACCACCAUCAUCAUUAUCAUCACCAUCAUCACCACCAUCAUCAUCACCAUCAUCAUUAUCACCACCAUCAUCAUCAUCAUCAUCAUCAUCACUAUCACCACCAUCAUUAUCACCACCAUCAUCACCACCAUCAUCAUCACCAUCAUCAUUAUCACCACCAUCAUCAUUAUCAUCAUCAUCAUCACUAUCACCACCAUCAUUAUCACCACCACCACCAUCAUCAUCAUCAUUAUCACCACCAUCAUCAUCAUCACUAUCACCACCAUCAUUAUCACCACCAUCAUCAUUAUCACCAUCAUCAUUAUCACCACCAUCAUCAUCAUCAUCAUCAUUAUCACCACCAUCAUCAUCAUCACUAUCACCACCAUCAUUAUCACCACCAUCAUCAUUAUCACCAUCAUCAUUAUCACCACCAUCAUCAUCAUCAUUAUCACCACCAUCAUUAUCACCACCAUCAUCAUCAUCAUUAUCACCAUCAUCAUCAUCAUUAUCACCAUCAUCAUUAUCAUCAUCAUCAUUAACACCACUACCAUCAUCAUCACCACCACCAUUAUAAUUGGUGCAUAAUAUCUUUAGGCAGAAACCGAAAUUAUUGAAAAGAUUUCUCACCUUAUACCAAAUCAGAACGAGGCGAGUACAAUUCUACUUUAUGUCCUUUAGCUUCUGGAUGCAAUACAGCAGUUCAUUUCUGAAAUUUAGAGCUGAGUAAAUAAUGCUGUUUUUCGCUACAGGAUCUUCUAAACAUCACCUUACGACUUCUCCUUAAUCUUUCAUUUGAUACCGAACUCCGCUCCAAAGCUGUCAAAAAUGGUCUGGUACCAAAACUAGUAGCGCUUAUUGGUAGGUAUUUUUAGUAAAAACCUUUGUUAACGCAGGCUAAUUUAGUUAAUCGGCGCUAGUUUAGAUUAAUCUUCAAUAUGGGUAAACAUUAAGAACUAAACAAUUGAAGUGUUUUUGUGGAUGCAAAUUUUGAGCGGGCGAUUAUAUAUCCCACAGUCGGGGUUAGAGGUUAGGGGCGAGGUUGGGGUGUGGGUUAGGGAUUAGCCUUGAUACAUUAUAAUAGGGGUCACACGAAGUAUAUACCUGGCUGAGUCGACGUUCUGUGUGUCUUUAUUCUGUGUAUAGGCCCUCUGCCUGUUAAUCUUCAGAAUAACUAGAUGUUGUGAGGUCGAUCUUUUUAUGGUUUACUCAUUGUUUGUUUAUUGUUUGCUUUUACAGACAAUGAAAUCCAAUGUAUUGUUGUACUCUGUAUUCUGUAUCAUAUCAGUAUGGACGACCGAUACAAAUCCAUGUUUACUUACACAGACUGUAUUCCUCUGGUAAGAACUAAAUUAGUGUAUACUGCAUAGCGCUAUCAGUGCUAAACUGUUCUCUCUAAAGGUCCGGUAAGAAUUAACCCUAUUGAGCCAGUGUUACUACAGGAGGAAACCUAAACUAAACUAAACUAACUUUAUUUAUACUGGAUAGCUCUAUCAGUUCUAAACUGUUCUUCCUAGAGGUCCAGUAAGGAUCAUCUCUUAUUGAUCCAGUGUCACUACAGGAGGAAACCUAAACUAAACUAACUUUAUUUAUACUGGAUAGCUCUAUCAAUUGUAAACUGUUCUUCCUAGAGGUCCAGUAAGGAUCAUCUCUUAUUGAUCCAGUGUUACUACAGGAGGAAACCUAAACUAGACUAACUUUAUUUAUACUGGAUAGCUCUAUCAGUUGUAAACUGUUCUUCCUAGAGGUCCAGUAAGGGUCAUCCCUUAUUCAUAUUGAUCCUGUAUUACUACAGGAGGAAACCUAAAAUAAAAUAACUUUACUGUAUCAGUUCUAAACUGUUCUCUCUAGAGGUCCAGUAAGAAUCAACCCUUAUUGAUCCAGUGUUACAACAGGAAGAAACCACAGUUCCAGUACAAAACUUGCAGUGUUUGUUACGGUCAAUCAACAAGCACAAUCAUAAUUGCAUAUUGUUGAAAGCUGAAAGGCCACUGGAUCACUGUUCCACCAACACCCUCUAAAUAAAAAAUCUAUCUCUUAGAUCAUGAAGAUGUUGUUGGAAACCAAAGGAGAACGCCUUCCUCUGGAACUCGUGGCCCUUGCUGUAAACUUGGCAGCAAACAAGAGAAAUGCUCAGUUGAUAUGCGAGGGAUCUGGUUUGAGGUUACUUAUGAAACGAGCGUUCAAGUUUAAGGAUCCACUCUUGUUAAAGAUGGCGCGAAAUAUAUCGCAACAUGAUGGACCAACUAAACAACAGUUUGUGGUGAGUGACAUUUACCACAAACGCCGUUUCGUCUUAAUUGGCUUUUCCAGAACGUACUUAGCCUUGGAUAUAUGGCCUCGUUCUCGGUAUUGUGAUAUGGGCUUUAGAGACCUAAUUAGACAAAGGUUUUUUGUAUUAUCUAAUAUAACUGUGUAUGAUUUCGUAAAUGUGUGUAUUUGUAACAAGAUCAGGGAUGGAUCCAGCAUGAUCUGGUAGGGGGUGCUCUGCCAGCUCUGGUGCCGAGUUGUGUCGGUCAUGUUGCCGAGUUGUGUCGGUCAUGUGUGCCGCCCGCCCAUCAACUUGCUUCACUACUGCAAAGUCUUACUUGACUACUGUAUUUGAAUUGUAAUUGUUGUUCACAGUUCGCUUAUCAUCAUGUUAUUACUCAAAUUAAUGUAUCUCAUUUUGUCUCUAAUAAUUUUUGGCUUUAUCAUGAAAAAUAGCAUCCCCCUGCACCCCCUCUGGUCAGGGCUAGGGGGUGCACACCCCAGUAAAUCCAUCCCUGAACAAGAUAAAGGACUCUACACCCCCAAUAUCUCAAAUGACGAAGACGAGGCUCUGUAUAUAGCCAAGGCCAAGUACUGUCCGGAAGGAUGUAUUCACAAAACGUGUACUGACUACUAAAUAUCAUUUUGCUUUUUUCAGCCAUUUAUCGCAGAUCUAGCGAAUGCAAUAAAGACGUUCUCAGAUGAAGAGUUUGUAGUGGAAGCAGUUGGAAUUCUGGGAAAUAUCGCCGUACGUGGUUUGGACUAUGCUCAACUGUUGACGAAAUAUGAUAUGUUGUCGUAUAUCAAGAGCAAACUACAACCUGGUAGGAAGAUGAAUCUGCUAGCGAAGUUAUGAUUAAUUACCCGGGAAUAUGCCUCUAAAUAUUACACACACGUUCUACUGUGAAAUCUGCUGUGAAAGCCUUUGUGAGAUCUGCCAUAUUGAUUAGUUAUCGAUUGAAUAGCUGGACGGCAGGUUUAUUGACUACAUCUAUUGUUUGAUCGAUCAUCGAAUUACAUCGAAUUAUUGAUUCACUAAUGCAUAUACUGACUUAAGGCGGCUUUCCACUAGGCGGAAUUUUUCGACUUAAUCGAAAUUUCUAUUGUUCAAAUUCAAAAGAUUUCUGUUUAGUUCCAUCUGAGUGCUUGUAAGACAAAAGAAAAAUUCGAUUCGGUCGAAACAUUUCGCCUAGUGGAAAACCGCCUUAAUGAUCGUACACUCAGGCCCCACUUACACAAUACCGGAUUCGCUUGUCACGACAUCCAAUUUAACGGUUUCAGGAAUAUAUUAACACUUAAAAUCACGAUAAUAUGACAAAAUAAAACGAAAACUGUUGAAGGGGGAAAUUUUGUCGGCAGAUGUUCUCUUGAACGGGGUAUAUUAAUAUCGUAAAAAGUGAAUCUGAUAUCGUGUAACUGGGGCCUUUAUUGAUUUCCUUACCAGGUUCAGCUGAAGAUGACUUGGUGUUGGAGGUGAUUAUUUUGAUUGGAACAGUUUGUGCUGAUGACUCGUGUGCCGCUCUCCUGGCGGAAGAAGACGUACCACAAAUACUCAUUGAUUUACUAAAUGGUAAUUCACUAGUAGCACUUUUGAGGUUGAUUCUGCUCCUUCAGUUUGCAGUGUGUACAAUAUAUGUAUAAAUUUGUAUAUUUAGGGAGCAUUUACUGGCUUUGUCCUAUCUUUAGAUUACGCGGGGAACACCUUGCAUGGGACUAUUUGUCCCGUUUGUGCUCUUGCGUUUGAGUUUAUCUACUAAUUGUGUUGUCAGUUUGGUUUUCGUAAUAUAUGUGUUGUACCAUAUUUAUUGUUUAGUCAUAUAGUAGAAUAUUCAAUAAAUGUUAUAAAUAGUUAAUCAGAGUGAGAGACUACUAUUAAUUUUCAUUAUUUGUACUGUAGUAUCGUACAAUAAAUAGAAUUGAUGGAUGUAGUUUGAUGUAGUUUAUAUAAUUUCCUUGCUCCUACAAAGUGUCAACAUUUCUGACAUUGCCCACCAUCUGUUGCCCCGUGACACACACUAAAACCCAUCUUACAUUCCACCAAGGUUAAAAAACUUUCUAAACAUUUUAGCCAAACAAGAGGAUGAUGAAGUGGUAUUGCAGAUUGUCUACGUCUUUUAUCAGAUGGUGUUCCACAAAGCAACACGAGAGGUCAUUGUGAAACAAACUC